AUGAGGGCUCUCCACUAUGCACGAGGAUCAGCGAACUACGGAAAGCUUGCCAUUGCCACAGCCACCAUUCUUGGAAUCCUCACACUCGGCGCCCUGACAUACUUACUGAUAUGGUACGUUCGAAGAAGACUCCGCGCUCAACGACUCUAUCAUCAGGGGAGCCACGAAAAUGAAUUCGAUCAGUCCGCAGUGUCCCUAGCCGAGGACACAGGCAGGACCCUAGAUGACUUCCUCAUGAAGGAUAUACAGCCCGAGCGGAACUCAAUCAUGUUCAACAGAAGCCGGUCUCCAUCCAUCACUAUCAUCAUUGACGACCCCAACACCGUCCGCUGCAAGUCUCCACCUCGCCCUUCCCCCAUACAACAUGGGACCGCAGCUUCUACAUCUGCAGAUCCAUACACCCUAACACAGAUCCCGACUCAAGAGUCCAUUACUGAUGAGCCACGGUCCGACCUGACUCAGUGGAGCAGCUCGGAACGGCGCUCGUCAAGCACGACGCCGAGAGCAUCUACCUCAUCAUCGGUCGUCCCGACAUCGGGAUCAUCUCAGAUCUGGACUACAACUACCAGCGCACCGUCGGACCAGACCCAGACAAGUAGCUCAGGACAGCAUUCAUCAAACACGACACCGAGAGCAUCCAUCUCGUCAUCCGUCGUCCCAACCGCAGGAUCCUCCCAGAUUUGGACCACGACCUCGGCCGGAACCGAGACGUUUUCGCUUCUUAGUCAAUCUUCAAAUUACUCGCACCAUCCUCAAAGUCCCACUGGCCCAUCCACAUCCCGCAACUCGCAGGUAUAUACGCGGCGUUCGAAUGCUGCGUCUGGUGCAUCCAGUCGUCCGUCCAGUGCAGGUGUCUUGCAGGCCGCGUCGCGUAUGUUCAAUGAGGCGGAGGCUUCUCGGAUGGUUUACUCGAGAAACAUGAACUCUUUCACGUCGACGACUCCCACUCCUCCUACUUCGCCGGUGUUGGUGGACUUUUCGGCUGAAAAUGAGCAUCAAUGGACAUCUGUCCCUCCGACCCCUUUCCCCUUCAAUCAGGUUUGA